AUGGGAUAUCCAAAAGAAAUCAAACCUUCCAUCAAGAAGGUGGCGCACAAUGUGGUUACCUUGGCCUCGCCAUUCAGCAUGGUGAACGUCGCUAACAUUGGUGCCAGGAUGGCUAUAUUCAAAUAUGGUAACGAGCUUAUUUUCUGGUCGCCAAUUCCAUAUGGUCCUUACAUUGAGGAUGCCAUUGACCUCUUGACUCGGAGAAGAGACAAUCUUUCUGUGACCCACCUUUUUGUUGUCAACAGGGAGCACAAUGUGGUUGCAAAAUCUUACUUGGAGAGGUACCCAGACAUUAAGAUUGUUGGUGGAGAGGGCGCCUUGGGUAAGGACUGCCCAGUUCAUUAUGAAUUCAAGGCUGAAGAUGGCAAUAAGGUGAUCAAAGGUGAAGAAGCCAGGGCUAAGUUCCAUGCUUCAGGCGAAUUCUGGAGUAACCUCGAAUUCGUCUACAUGUCAAAACAUGUGAACAAAGAAUUGGUGAUCUAUGAGAAGAAUCUCCACAUGCUUUUUGAAGGUGAUCUUCUUAUGGAUAUCGGGCGCCCCGACAAUGAGGGAAACUACGAAAGCUACUCACCAUCAACGGGCUAUGCACACCAGUUCAACCCAUUCACUGGCGUCUCUUGGAUGAUUGGACAGAUCAAGGCUGGUGGCUGGUUCGGAUGGAUUGCUCAUUUCGUCUUUUCCAGAACGUGGAGCGCUGAAGGUGCAGCAACAGUUAAGCUCAUCUACGAGGCAUGGGACUUUGACACCAUUGUCCAGUGUCAUGGAAACCUUAUCACUGGCAUUGCCAAGGAUACCUACGCCGAAAUUUACCCUUGGUUGAAGAAGCAGCAGUAA